GGGGGAGAAUAGGGUGUGACAUAAAAAAUCUCACAUGACAAAGAGAUUGAAGUUGGAAUUUCUUUGUGUUGAGUGUAUAUCGUAUUUAAUUUAAAGUGCAAAUGUCAUCUACUUUCAAAGCUGUCUUUUCUUCUGCUCCCAAGGAAGAAAGCUCAGCCACACGAAACACCCUCCCAUUGCUGGUCCAUAGAAAAGAAUCUCCCUCCCUUAGAGUACGUGUGAUUAACCAGCACAGCCGUCUGCAUCCGUCGUUAUCAGCGCAUCACAUACACACAGACAAGCAUCAUCCUACAGCAUAGCAGAGUGAAUAUACCACUUGCUGAUCACAACAUCAGGAAGCAGCAAAACAAAACAAGGGCUCAUGGAGGCUGUCCUGAUUCUGUUGUGCUCUGCUUUGGCACCAGUACUAGGUGCCAGUACCAGUGAAGAAAAAAGUGAACCAGAUCCAUUUCACUAUGAUUAUGAAAGCUUGAGGAUUGGAGGACUGGUCUUUGCAGUGGUCUUGUUCAUAUUGGGGAUCCUACUGAUUAUGAGUCGGAGGUGCAGAUGCAAUAAUCUUAACCAAAAGCAAAGGACUCCAGGAGAUGAAGCUCAGGCUGAAAACCUUAUUGCCUCAAAAGCUCGAGGAGCUCAGAAAACAGAUAACUAAGAAGACAAUUGUGUUUUUUACAUUGUAAAUGUGACCCCAGGGAUUAACAGAGAACAAACUACGCAAAAAA